GUGACAGUAAUAAAAGUCCAACGUUGAAAAAAAAAACGAAGAAAAAGAUUUAUUAUCAAUGGAGUUGGGGAGAUUGAAAUCUACAAAAAACAUUGCAUUAUGUCGUCGUAAGAUGGCGUCAUCAGUAUACAAAAGUGCGAAGAAUGAAACAUGUCCGCGGUAUCCGCCUUAUACGGCUCCAGUCGGAAAUCCAGUCUAGUCCUUGGACUGUUCUGAGCAGUUCUGAGUAUGAAAGAAUUUUCUAUUCUUUGUUAAACAUGUAGAUUGUAGAAGAAGCGUUCUUGAGUGAAAACCUCGCGGCAAAUUAGCCAAAAAUGAGAAAAUUCGGCUCUAUUUUUUCGCGGUUAUUGUGGGUGAUUUUUCUUUCCAGUUUUUAAAUUACAACACGGCUAGUGAAGGUAUACAGUAGUCCUGCUAAAUUUUUCAUCUAAGAAACUUCAGCAGUUUCACUUCGCUGUCAAAGUAGACGAGAAUUACUCAACCGUCAACAAUCAAGACUUAGAGAUGGCUGAUGAUUCCAGCGUUCGUGUUGCCGUUCGUAUCCGGCCUCAAGUGGCUCGUGAGCUGAUCGACAUGUGCAGAGUUUGUACUCAGGUGCCUCCUGGAGAACCCCAAGUCUUUUUAGGACCAGAUAAGGCCUUCACUUACGAUCACGUUUUUGACACGAAUAUUGGACAAAGUCCUAUUUAUGAUUCUUGUGUCGCACGGCUUAUUGAAGGGGCUUUGGACGGUUACAAUGCAACCGUUUUGGCCUAUGGUCAGACUGGAUCUGGCAAAACUUAUACGAUGGGAACAGGGUUCGACGUAGAAAUUGAUGAUAGUAUAGUGGGUAUCAUCCCCAGGGCCAUUAAACAUCUUUUCGAUGGCAUUAACGAGAAGCAAGAACGAGCAAAAGAUCGUGGAUACAUGCCUCCAGAAUUCAAGGUCACGGCUCAAUUUUUGGAACUGUACAACGAGGAUUUGAAGGAUCUUUUGGAACCGGGUGGACCUAGAGGGGGAGCUCGAAUUCAUGAAGAUACAGCAGGAAAUAUACAUUUAACGGGGGUGGAACCGAGGAUAGUAACAAGUCCUGAACAGGCUUUAGAGUAUCUCCGACUAGGAGCUCUUUCACGAACAACUGGAUCUACACAAAUGAAUACACAAUCUUCAAGGUCACAUGCAAUUUUUACACUGCAUAUAAAACAGCAGAGGUGUAUCAGGGUGGAGGAUCCGGAUGCUGAUGUCGAUACUAGUGGAACUGAUCCUGUGAAUGAAUUUGAAACUUUGACUGCUAAAUUUCAUUUUGUUGAUUUGGCUGGGUCUGAAAGGCUCAAAAGAACAGGUGCUACAGGAGACAGGGCGAAAGAAGGGAUUUCAAUUAAUUGUGGGCUGCUUGCUUUGGGGAAUGUAAUUUCGGCUCUGGGAGACAAAUCAAAAAAAGCUCUUCAUGUUCCUUACCGUGACUCAAAACUGACACGAUUACUUCAAGAUUCUCUAGGAGGCAACAGUCAAACAGUCAUGAUCGCUUGUGUGUCCCCAAGCGAUCGUGACUUCAUGGAAACUCUAAGUACCCUCAAAUAUGCAAAUCGUGCUAGAAACAUAAAGAACAAGGUAACCAUCAAUCAAGACAAGAGUUCAAGGACUAUUGCCUCUCUUCGCAGGGAAAUACAGCAGCUGCAGCUCGAAUUAAUGGAAUAUCGACAAGGAAAACGAGUCGUUGGAGAAGAUGGAAUAAACGAUGCUUGGCAUGAGAAUCAGAUGUUAAGUAGCGAACUGCAAAGUCUAAGAACGAGAGUGAAAGCUUUGACAGAAACGGUGGAGGCUCUCACUGCCAAAAAUGCAUUGCUCUUGGCAGAAAAAGCAGCUGGCCAAUGGGUGGCUUCUGGCGGUGGAGAUAUAGCAAGUUUGGUUCAAGGUUAUCUUCAAGAAAUUGAAGAAUUACGAGCUCGAUUGCUUGAAGCCGAAGCCAUGUAUCAGCAGUUGAAAAAAAGACAAAUACAAAUUAAUACAGCAAAUCCGUACAGUGAAUCUUCCUACGUUAUUCACAGCGACUCCUCUUCAGUUUUGAACGACGCUAAAAGAGAACUGCAGAAGGAAAUAGAUCUGUUGACUGCCUUGAAGGGACAGCAAACUCUUAAUUCGACACUUAGCAGCAGGGAGGGUGAAGAUGGAGACAAUGAUGAUACCGAAAACGGUCAGGAAUCGAUGAGCGAAGACGAAUCUGACGACGAUUCUGAUCGAAAAGGUUUCGAAAUUAUUCUACCAGCCGCUUUUGAACUGAGUCCUCUAUCCCUUUUCCUCAGAGCCGUGACCUCCUCCUGCUUCCUCCUUAGCACCACUUCCUUCAUCCUCUUGUCAGCCUCCAAACUCCUAAUCAUAUUCGCAUUUUUCCUACUCUCCUUACGAAGUUGCGCGAUUUCCCUAUUGCGCUUCAAUUCAUUGUCCUUGUGCCUUUGGGCUUCCUCCCGCAUUUUAUUCAAGAGCUUCACUUUCGCUCUCUUCAUUUCAGCGAGAUCGUUCCUCAGACCUUUUAGUAUGUUUUCAGUUUGGGAUAGCAUAGCUGAAUGUCAGAGGGACAUGGUUGAAGUGGGUGAUGGAGAUGGUGAAGGAGACACAGGAGUUGAAUCUAUACUUGGAACAAUUAGAACAGUGGAUGAGGCUCAGUACUUACUUGAAAAAAUGCUUGCCUUUACGGUGGAGCAAAGUUACGUGGCGGCUCAAAAGCAACUCGAAGUUCGAGAUAUGGAAUCGAGACUUAAUCAGGUGGCUCAAGAAAGCGAUGUGCAGCAUCAACUGCUGGAACACGUUCUCAGGGAUAGGGAUCUUCUUACACUAACAAAUAUUGACAAUACUGCGCCAGCUUACAGUCCUGCAAGCUCGCGAAGCUCUUCGCCCGAUACGGAAAAUUGCAAUCUACUAAUAACCGGAGGAGAGGAAAAGCAGAAAAACAAUAAAGUUCGUCGAAGGACGACGCAAGCUCAGGAACUUUUGUAUGGAAUGAACGCCAGCACUGAUAGUCAAAAGUCAGAUGAUCAAAAUCAAAAUCAUAAUCAUCCUUUGACCAGAGUUCCUAGUGCUCCAGGAAGUCUCAAAGGGUUGAUUCUUACGAGAAAUCAGUAUGGAACCGCGUUGACUGGAGGUUCGCCGACUUUGAAUCGACGCGAUAGCACAUCUCCGAGGCCUUUGAGGCGACCAUUACAUCCGGGCGGAGGCUCUAUGGAGCAGGUAGCACACUUGGAUAUUUCAUCGCCUCCUGGAUCGCCGACGACGUAUCGUCGGUUCAAUAGUCGAGAAGAAAAUGUUUUUUCGAGAUUAACAGCAAGUAGGCAGCCUGCACCCUCGGAUCCACAACCAACGAAGGGAGUCAUCUCACAAUACCAGGGAAAGACUCCACCCAGAUCAGUUUUGCAAUGCACCCACGUGGCUGAAGGACACAGCAAAGCUGUCCUCACCAUUUGCGCAACCAAUGAUUUGCUUUUCAGUGGUUCUAAAGACCGAACAGUGAAAGUUUGGGACUUAGGAACAGGCCUAGAGAAUAUGACCCUGGGUGGACAUCCAAAUAACGUCGUGGCUGUAAAAUACUCAGCAGUUCACAAUUUACUAUUUAGUGUCUCUGCAGCUUAUGUAAAAGUUUGGGAUCUGCGAUCGGGCAACACCUGCAUAAAGACCCUAUUUUCCUCUGGUCAGACCCAAAGUGGCCCUAUUCCACUCUCCACACCUUCUAGAAUACUUCAAGUGCCUGUAGGUGAAAAUACAAUAAAUGAUCUCGCUCUUGGUCUGAAGGAUCAAGAAUUAUAUACAGCCUCGAGUGAUAAAGUUAGAGUUUGGGAUUUGAGAAAAUUAGCCUACACCGGGAGACUUAGCACUCCUCACACGGCGGCUGUGAUGUGUCUCUCAAUUGCCGACGAUGGAAGAGUUAUCGCCGGGAGCAAGGAUCAUUUGAUUUCUCUCGUUGAACCGAACUUGUCUGGCCAAUCUGUCGGCCUGGCUCCUCCACAUUAUGAUGGCGUCCAAUGUUUGGAUAAUUUCGAAUCCACUCUUUUCUCUGGUUCAAGGGACAUGUGCAUAAAACGCUGGGACUUGAGCAAAAUGGAAUUAGUUCAGUCUCUGAACAACGCCCACAAAGAUUGGAUUUUGGGAUUAUGUAUCGUGAACAGUGGAUCUGUGAUGGUCUCAGGAUGUCGAGCUGGUUUGCUACGAGCCUGGUCGGUUCCAAAAGAUCAAUCUGUAGAAUGUUCCCUCCUAGGAGAAGUUCGAGCUCACGGUACCGCCAUCAACGCGGUCAUAACAAAUCAUCAAAAUAUUUUCACCGCGAGCAACGAUGGGACGAUAAAAUUAUGGAACUACAUCAAGAGAGACGCAAGGAAUUUCCAGAGGAGCAUCUCGCUGAAGUGCUAACACGAGGACUUUAAUUUAUUUUGUAAUUAUGAAUUAUUAGUUUAAUGGGGAUCCGAAAAAAAUCAAAUCUAAAAAACGCUGUCCAAAUCAAAGCAAUUUAAUUUCGCUUACUAUCAAUUUAAAGUGUUUUUUAACUUGUUAAUUAUUUUACAAUCCGUUAGACUUUUAAUGAAGAACUUUACACCUUGGGUUCAUCUGGAGUAUAAAAAGCAAUACUGUUUUUUUAUUGGUAGAUUAAGCCACGAUGCAGUCUUAAAUCGUAAGUACCUCAACCUAACUUUAUUUUUCGAUCCCCAUUCGUUUCUUCCUUUACGAUUUUUUACCAGUGGAUUAACCGUACUAUAGAUAAAGUAGAUCUCGUUUUUUUAUGAUUUCACUUUUCAUCAUCAAGACUACGUCGUUUGACGUAAAUCGCUAGAACAAUUGCUAAUUAUUUAGACGAAUUUUUCAACCUUUUUUAGUCCAUUACUGUCAGUAUUAUUGUAAUUCCUUUUCAAAGCUGCGUACUGAUUAUCGUGUGCUGUUUUUUUUGUACGCGAAUCGUAGUUUUAUAACAUAUAUAUUUAAUUAUAAAUGACAGCUUGAUAUAAUCGAAAAUGGAUUGUUUCAACCGAUAUUUUUAUUGUUGUAGAUUGUAACUGAAGUCUACUCGAACAAUUCGAAUUAAAUUAAGUAGGUGCAUUGUCCAAAAAGCGCCUAACGAACCUCGGGUCCGUGUAGAUAAUCGAUAAAAAUUUGGCAUUAUCUAGCAUUUAUUUUAUUAUGAACAUAAAGAUGGUACUAAUUAUAAUAUUUAUUUUUAGUACAAACAAUAACUGUUGGUUAAUACUGUACAGUCUGAGGUCUCUGUAGGUCCCGAUUACGCGACAUUGUCAGGGUUGACUGUUGUCCAUUUUUCUUCUGUAAACAUGAAAAUACUUAAUGUUAUUUAUACAGAUUUCGAUACAGAAGGAAAUAAAGAUUGUCAUGCGGAAAA